AUGGCUGUUAAUUUUCAAUUUAGUCGUUGUGCUAAUCCAGUUUAUGCAGACGCAAGACUAUUAAACAUUGCGGAAGUUGCUGAUGUUGGACAAAAUAUUGGUGACGAAAAUAUUAACCAUGACAUUAAUGAUGAAGCAGACAUGGAUGUUGAUGACUUCAAUAAUGAACAGGAUCAUAGCAGUGUUGGUACUUGUAGUUUGUUGUUAGAACAUGCGAGUCAAAGAACUGAAUUUUUACAAUCUCAUGAAUCCUUACCAUAUUGUAGUGAAACAUAUUCAUCUCAACCAAGUUCUGAGUCUCAAAUUAGCAUUGAAACUCAGUUGCCAAUCGUAAACAAUGCUUUGCAUUUAUUAAACGAAUCACCAAUUCCAUCCAAGAAAUUAUAUAAUCAUCAAUAUUUACAAAAUAAGGUUGAUCAAAUCACUUCUAACUUGAAAAAACUUUUUGGCCUCUUUACUGAUGCUCCCUGUGAUUUGAAUUUUGACUUUACGGAUUUUCCUGAUUUAAUCGAACGUUUAAAAGUUAAGUUUGAUGAUAAAAAUACGUCCAAAUCCGAAAAAAUUCAAAUCUUAACACUAUUUCCAUCGGAAUGGAGCGAACGGAAGAUUUGUGAAACGAUGAAUUGUUCCAGACAUAUGGUUCAAGUUGCGAAAAACCUAUCUAAAACUGUUGGGGUUCUUGCGAUCCCCGAGUCUAAGCUAGGCCGAGCAUUAUCUGAAGGUAGCCAACUAAAAAUUCAAAAUUUUUAUAAUAGUGAUGACGUGAGCGUUAAUAUGCCUGGGAAAAAAGACUAUGUGUCAAUAAAAAAUGAAGAUGGAAGUAGAUCGCAAGUUCAAAAACGCCUUAUUCUGUCAAAUUUAAAAGAGCUGUAUCAAUGCUACCGUGAUGAGUAUCCGGAAGAAAAAGUUGGUUUUUCAAAAUUCGCUUCAUUUCGUCCCAAACAUUGCGUGCUUGCUGGAACCAGUGGCACCCACACCAUUUGCGUUUGUAUUUCUCAUCAAAAUAUCAAAUUAAUGAUGCUUGGCGCUAAUCUGAAGAAAUUAACACAAGAAAUGGUUAAGCCAUUGACGGAAUACAACGAUUGUUUAAAUUUUAUUAUGUGCCAGUCUCCGUCUGCUGAGUGCUAUUUCGGUACAUGUCGUGAUUGUCCAAGUAUAGAAGUAUUGAAUGAUGUUUUAACGAAAAUUUUUGAUGGAAACGAAAUUGAAUCUAUAAAUUAUAAAUUUUGGAUAUCAACACCACGUUGUAGUCUUGAGACUCUUUCAAAAUCCACUUACGAUUUCAUUGAGAAGUUUUGUGCAGACUUGAAGGUUCUUUUACCACAUGCAUACAUUGCUAAACAACAAAGCAACUUUUAUAAAACUGUGAAACAAAAUCUACAAGAAGAAGAAUAUUUAAUUGUUUGUGAUUUUGCUGAAAACUAUGCGUUCGUCGUACAAAAUGCUGCAUCAGGUUUUCAUUGGAACAACGAUACUGCUACUAUUAUUCCUGUAGUAAUAUAUUUCAGAAAUGGUGAUAAAAUUGUACACAGAAGCUUAGUAGUUAUUUCAGAUUGCCAUAAUCAUGACGCUGUAGCAGCACACGUUUUUUUGAAAUACGUAGCAGACUUUGUUAAAACUAUUUCAAGAAAUGCUAAAAAGAUAUAUUACUUUUCUGACGGCGCUCCACAACAAUUUAAAAAUUUUAAAAACUUCGUAAAUCUUUAUUAUCAUAAGGACGAUUUUGGAAUACACGCAGAAUGGCAUUUCUUUGCUACUGCUCACGGAAAGGGUCCAUGUGAUGGAAUUGGUGGAACAGUCAAAAGAAGGGCUGCUCGUGCAAGUCUUCAGUUGCCAGUGGAUCGUCAAAUCACAACUCCCUUAGAACUCUAUACAUGGGCCUCGAAUCCAAAUAAUUUACCGAGUAUUAGAGUUGAAUUCUCAAACACUGAUGCAGAGUUGCAAAUAAUGCAUUAUUUUUGA